UCAUCCGAUCCAACUCUUCUGCCUUGGUUAGCUGCUGCUGUGCUUGUAACUGGCUAGCGUUAGCUACUAAGCUCCUGCUUAUCGUGUUUUUUUUUUGUGUGUGACGAUUUUGGAGGGACUAUAUUGUAUUUUCUACCUGGGAAUCAUACAAGACCUCGGAUAUAAUACGAAGAUUUUGUCCAUUUGGAUCGCGGAGUUCGCUGGUCUUGACUGCGUAUCAAACAGCAGGUGUUUAAGAUGCCGCAGUGAGUGUGGAGCUGAAUCCUAGCUGAAGCCUCAGCAUGUCUGUCCUGCUGACGGUGGUGGUGGGUGUGGUGGGGUGGGGGGCCGUGGUCCAGGGGGCUCUGUGUCCCGGAGGGGGCCUGGCUGACUGCCCUGCCCAGCAGAGCAACACCUCCGCUGGAGGUAAGACCUCCAGGGACUACUGCUACACCGCCCGUAUCCGAUCCACCGUGCUCCAGGGCCUGCCCUUCGGAGGGGUGCCCACCGUCCUCGCACUCGACUUCAUGUGCUUCCUGGUACUCCUGUUUGUGUUCUCCAUCUUGAGAAAGGUAGCGUGGGACUACGGCCGCUUGGCGUUGGUGACUGACGCAGACAGACAGAAUCAGCGAUACAGCCGUCUGGAUGAACAGAAACAUGUGGCGUCUGCCAUGACGUCGGAGCUACCCGAUCGCUACGAACGCCUGACCUCUGUCUCCAGCUCAGUGGACUUUGAGCAGAGAGACACUGGCUUCUGCUCCUGGUUAACAGCCAUCUUCCGCAUAAAGGAUGAGGAGAUCAGGGAAAAGUGUGGGGAGGAUGCAGUACACUACCUCUCCUUCCAGAGGCACAUCAUUGGUCUGCUGGUGGUGGUGGGCGUGCUCUCAGUGGCCAUUGUCCUGCCCGUCAACUUCUCAGGAAAUCUAUUGGAAAACAAUGCCUACAGUUUUGGGCGUACCACUAUAGCCAAUCUGGAUGCCAAUAACAUGCUGCUGUGGCUCCACACCACCUUUGCGUUCCUCUACCUGUUGCUGACCGUGUACAGCAUGAGACGACACACCUCCAAGAUGCACUACAGAGAGGACGAUCUGGUGAAACGCACUUUAUUUGUCAACGGGAUCUCCAAGUAUGCAGAGGAGAAGCACAUCAAGCAACACUUUGAACAGGCUUAUGAAAACUGUUGUGUGCUAGAGGCUCGUAUUUGUUACGAUGUGGCCAAGCUGAUGUCCCUCAACUCAGAAAGGAAGAAGACUGAACGUAGCAUGAAGUUCUUUAAAGACCUACAGUCCAAGGAGCACAUCCCCACCAUGAUCAACCCCAAACCCUGUGGUCAUCUCUGUUGCUGUAUCAUCAAGGGCUGUGAACAGGAGGAGGCAGUGAGUUACUACACCAAGAGAGGCAGAGGAGGAGUGAGUUACUACACCAAGCUUUGUGAAGGAGGAUUGUUUUUGUUGUUGUUGAACGUUGCCAUGACCGCCAUUAUCCUGAAGGACUACAAUGCCUGUAACUGUCAGGGCUGCCACUGUCAGAGGGAGCCCAGGUCUUCUUCCUUCAGCCAGCACCUUCACACACAUUCCUGGACGGUCGGCUACGCACCAGACCCACAGAACGUCUACUGGGAGCAUCUGUCAGUUGGAGGGUUCCCCUGGUGGCUGAGAUGCUUCAUCAUCAACUGUAUCCUCUUCCUCCUCCUCUUCUUCCUCACAACCCCUGCCAUCAUCAUCUCCACCAUGGACAAGUUCAACGUCACCAAGCCUGUCGAGUACCUCAACAACCCCAUUGUGACCCAGUUCUUCCCCACCCUGCUGCUGUGGGCCUUCUCCGCCCUGCUACCAACCAUCGUAUACUACUCUGCCUUCUUCGAGGCCCACUGGACACGGUCUGGAGAGAACAGGACCACCAUGCAUAAAUGUUACACCUUCCUCAUCUUUAUGGUCUUACUGCUGCCCUCUCUAGGACUCAGCAGUCUGGACGUUUUCUUCCGAUGGCUGUUUGACAAGCGCUUCCUGGCUGACGCUGCCGUGAGGUUUGAGUGUGUGUUCCUGCCUGACAACGGGGCGUUCUUUGUGAACUAUGUCAUCGCGUCGGCGUUCAUCGGUAACGCCAUGGAUCUGCUGAGGAUCCCUGGUCUGCUCAUGUAUAUGACCCGGCUGUGUCUGGCUCGCUCUGCUGCCGAGAGACGCAACGUCAAGAGGCACCAGGCCUAUGAGUUCCAGUUCGGGGCGGCCUAUGCCUGGAUGAUGUGCGUCUUCACUGUGGUCAUGACAUACAGCAUCACCUGUCCAAUCAUCGUCCCCUUCGGUCUGAUGUACAUGCUGUUGAAGCACCUGGCAGAUCGCUACAACAUGUACUAUGCCUACCUUCCCUCCAAGCUGGACAAGAAGAUCCACUCUGGGGCCGUCAACCAGGUGGUGGCAGCACCUAUCCUCUGUCUCUUCUGGCUCCUGUUCUUCUCCACUCUCCGCACAGGUUUCUCAGCCCCUACCUCUAUGUUUACCUUCAUCGUUCUGAUCAUCACCAUCAUCGUCUGCUUGUCCCAUGUCUGCUUCGGACACUUCAAAUAUCUCAGCGCUCACAACUACAAGAUUGACGCGGAGAAUGUGGAUAGUGUAGAGAACGGUCGUCCAGCACGCACCUCUCCCUACAAUAAGUCAGCACAGAUGUACAUUGCCUCAGUCCUCCAGGACCCCAGUUUAGACGAGCUUGGUUCGGCUGGCAGCGGGGUCAGCGAGGGUUCGCAAGACGAGGAGAUCAUCCAAGUGGGGAACAGCCUCAAUGAGGCAGACUUCCAGAGCGGCGAGGACAGUCUCCUCGCUAACGAGGUGCGGCACUGACGUCAGGAGACGCCGGAGACGGUUGUCAGGGUGGAGACGGAGGACGGGGAGAGAGGAGCAGAGACUGAGAUGGCAGAAACUAAAGUUUAAUUUCACCGACUGGAUGGAUGCACUGACCCAGUGAAUUAAGCUACAGUGCUGAAACGGACUGACACAGCUUUAAAAGACAUGGAUAGACCACUAACCUUAAAGUCCUGGACAGACUAUUACAUUGUCUACACACACACACACACACACACACACACAAUACAACACACACACCACACACAUACAGAGAGAGAGAGAGAAUGUGUCUACUAAAGGACUGGUAACUCUCCCUUCCAACUAUUGAUCUAGCGCUGACUGUGAAGGAGGGAUCUUUCCUUCCCAUAAUCCUUUGCCUGUUCUGCCUGCACCCCUAAUCGUCUCUGUGCCCUAGAGGCUUCGUCACAAUAAGCAGCCUAAUAUGAGAAUAUGAAGAAGAAGAAGAGGAGGAGGAGAAAUGUCUGUCAGCAUCACACACACACACUGUUCGCCUGCUCUGGUCUCCCCACUACUCUGUCCCGGCGGUCUCCGGGAGUCUCUGGGUGGUUCCAACCCUGUGUAAAAAAAGAAAGAAAAAGGAAUGUGGUCACCGUGACGACACCAUGACGACGGCCACUGUAACAAACUGAACUAAACACUCCUCUGCUUUCCUUUUUUUUGUUGUUCAGCAACAAAAACUCUGGAUUUGCAAAAUGUAAAAUAGCCUUUUUUGGGGGGAAAUGGUAUUUAUUUUUAGCCAUGGUUAUUUUUAAGUUGGUCUGAAAACUUUAAUAAUCAAUUAACUACUUGUUUCGACAUUUAAAAAAACAAGAACAAAGAAGCAACUGUGGAUGGAUGGAUCAUGGAAUGUGGAUACUGUCCCUCGUAACAAGGUCACUCUGUCUUCUGGCCUGUUCUGCCCUGAGCGACUGUAGUGGGACUGCGGCUCCAGACUGAGCCCUAAUGGAGCCACCCUAACAUAACUGAAGGCAGAAGGCAGUCCAGAGCCCCUAGUGGAGAGGAGGAUGACCCCAGGAAGCAGAUAUGAAGUGGAUAUGACAGCCCAACCUCUACCCUGUUUUGUGUCCCACAUCUUUGGUUGCAAAAUUCCCAAAAUUGUCCCAGAGUUCACAGGUUUUUCAAUAGGCUGGUUAGAAGUUUAUUGGAAUGAGGGAUUUCUGGGAAAAACCUAGGAACUUUGGGAAAGAUUCUGUAAUUGUGCAGCCUCGGCCUCCUUUCGCGGCUAGGACUCUGUGGGACCGUGUUCUUCGGUAGAGGGAGAGCUCGACCCUUGAACUUUUGGUCUGUGACCUGUAAUUUCCCCCAGGCCUCUCCUCCCUGUUACUAUGGACGCGCACAACGCUGUUGAACCUUCAGAUAUAAAUAUGUAGAACAAAUACGUCUCCCUGAAAUGUAGAAUAAGGAAUCAUGUCAACUCUUUUCUUAACAUUUCUAUCUACAACGUUCCACAACGUUUGCCUCCUGAAUGUGUCCCUGGCCCCCUGCUCUAACUGGCCCGUCUCUGUGACCCUGGCCCCCUGAUCUGACUGCCCCCUGCUCUGACUGGCCUGUCUCUGUGACCCUGGCCCCCUGCUCUGACUGCCCCCUGCUCUGACUGGCCUGCUCUGUGACCCUGGCCCCCUGCUCUGACUGGCCUGUCUCUGUGACCCUGGCCCCCUGCUCUGACUGGCCUGUCUCUGUGACCCUGGCCUGUCUCUGUGACCCUGGCCCCCUGCUCUGACUGCCCCCUGCUCUGACUGGCCCGUCUCUGUGACCCUGGCCCCCUGCUCUGACUGGCCCGUCUCUGUGACCCUGGCCCCUGCUCUGACUGGCCCGUCUCUGUGACCCUGGCCCCUGCUCUGACUGGCCCGUCUCUGUGACCCUGACCCAUGCUCUGACUGGCCCAUCUCUGUGACCCUGACCCCCUGCUCUGACUGGCCCGUCUCUGUGACCCUGGCCCCUGCUCUGACUGGCCCGUCUCUGUUACCCUGACCCCUGCUCUGACUGGCCCGUCUCUGUUACCCUGACCCCUGCUCUGACUGGCCCGUCUCUGACCUUGGCCCCUGACCCCUGCUCUGACUGGCCCGUCUCUGACCCUGGCCCCUGCUCUGACUGGCCCGUCUCUGACCCUGGCCCCUGCUCUGACUGACCUGUCUCUGUAACCCUGGCCCCCUGCUCUGACUGCCCCCUGCUCUGACUGGCCUGUCUCUGUGACCCUGGCCCCUGCUCUGACUGCCCCCUGCUCUGACUGGCCCAUCUCUGACCCCCCCUGCUCUGACUGGCCUGUCUCUGUGACCUUGGCCCCUGCUCUGACUGGCCCGUCUCUGACCCUGGCCCCUGCUCUGACUGCCCCCUUCUCUGACUGGCCCGUCUCUGACCCUGCCCCCUGCUCUGACUGCCCCCUGCUCUGACUGGUCUGUCUCUGACCCUGCCCCCUGCUCUGACUGCCCCCUUCUCUGACUGGCCCGUGUCUGACCCUGGCCCCUGCUCUGACUGGCCCGUUUCUGACCCUGGCCCCUGCUCUGACUGGCCCGUCUCUGACCCUGACCCCUGCUCUGACUGGCCCGUCUCUGACCCUGACCCCUGCUCUGACUGGCCCGUCUCUCUGACCCUGACCCCUGCUCUGACUGGCCCGUCUCUCUGACCCUGACCCUUGCUCUGACUGGCCCGUCUCUCUGACCCUGACCCCUGCUCUGACUGGCCCGUCUCUCUGACCCUGACCCCUGCUCUGACUGACCCCUGCUCUGACUGACCCCUGCUCUGACUAACCCCUGCUCUGACUGGCCCGUCUCUCUGACCCUGACCCCUGCUCUGACCCUGACCCCGUCUCUCUGACCCUGACCCCUGCUCUGACUGGCCCGUCUCUCUGACCCUGACCCCUGCUCUGACUGGCCCCUGCUCUGUGUUCUAGCUCCUCUAGUGACCCUGACCCCUGCUCUGACUGGCCCGUCUCUCUGACCCUGACCCCUGCUCUGACUGGCCCUUGCUCUGACUGGCCCCUGCUCUGUGUUCUAGCUCCUCUAGUGACCCUGACCCCUGCUCUGACUGACCCGUCUCUCUGACCCUGGCCCCUGCUCUGACUGCCCCGUCUCUGACCCUGACCCCUGCUCUGACUGACCCCUGCUCUGACUGACCCCUGCUCUGUGUUCUAGCUCCUCUAGUGACCCUGACCCCUGCUCUGACUGACCCCUGCUCUGACUGACCCCUGCUCUGUGUUCUAGCUCCUCUAGUGACCCUGACCCCUGCUCUGACUGACCCCUGCUAUGACUGACCCCUGCUCUGUGUUCUAGCUCCUCUAGUGACCCUCAUCUCAAGAUAAGCCUCUUUAUGUUGGUGUUUACAUCACUGUACAGAAGGUUGUUUCACUGUCUGUUGGUUGGUUUGAACAUUUUAUUUGAUUUAGGAAAAAUAAUAAUAAUCUUUGUAGGAUGUAGGAAAGUUUUCUCCUUUCUGCCAAAACCUGUGUUCCGGUUUUAGAUGGCUUCAGAUGGGUUUAGGGAUUGUCUUCAAUUACGACGUGAAUAUUGAGACUAGCGUGAUACUGCAUCAUGUAGAGGUAUCUAUUGUAAACAGUGUAGAUGAUUUAUGGAGCAUUGUUACAAACGACAACAGUGUCCCAACUGCCACCUGGAGUGCUGUUGAACCUGGUGGGUUACUAUGGUGACAUGUACAGAAAACGCGGCUCAGUCAGGACGGAACAGACCGACUGCGCAAAACGUUUGUGUCCCACGUGGAGUCCUAUUCCCUGUUUAGUGCACUACUUUUGGGCGGGGCCCAUAGGGCUCAGUACUGUAAUAGGGAGGACGCGUAAAAAUGAGUCUUUAAUUACUGUAAGACUUGAUCAAUGUUUUUAUUGAUAUUUUUUAGGCGUAUUGUGGUUGAACAGAAUACUAGCAAUUACUAUGGAAUCAGAUUAAUCUGGUAAAAUCUAAAUGGAUGAUACCAAAUCCAUCCUUUUUUUCCUCUUUUAAUUCUCUUUACUUCAAGUUGUUCUGCAAUAAUCAUGAUGUCAUGUUGCUCUCUUCAACCCGUUACAAUAUUCCACUGAUAGAACCAAUGACCAGUUUAGUUUUCUUCCAAAGUGAGGCAGAACCGAUUUUUUUAUUUUUUUUUAUAGCCUGGUUUAACCUUCAGCGAUCUACUACGAAACAGGAUCAAUUUAAUUUAAUUAGCCAGCUAACGUUGAUUAACAAGAUAUAACUACUUGAUUGUCUCAUUCAUAAAGAAAGCUUACAGUUCGAUAUGUGUUUUUGUUGAGUCAUCUAGACCCAUUCAGUUAGCUGGCUAACUCAUUGAUCCGGCUUCGUAAGUGUACAUCUCAGAGCAGGUUUAGCCGAGCUAUGUGCUAUAUAUACUGUUAGAUAGAAACAAUUAACUUGUGUAUAAAACUCCUCGGUUCCACAUCGUGGACAUACAAAAAAUAAACAUGAACAAAUA